CGUAUUGCGUAAACUUGAAGGUGUUUUGCGAUUCUGUGUUUGAUAUUCUUUGCAUUAUAUUAUUAGAAUAACAUAAAAUUAAAUAUUAAUAUUUUGGGGUUUGAGAAGUGUGUUUACAAUCGUAAUAAGAAAGAAAAAGAUUUUAGGCUUGAACAAAAAUUCUUUAAAUCUUUUAAAGUUUCAAAAAAAAAAAAAAAAUGUUAACUUAAACAAUUAAACAACUAAUGAAUUAAAAUUAAUUUAGUUUUUAUGAUCAUUUAUGACCAAUAAAGAAUUCCUGAUGGUUGUCGAAAGUCCAAAAUCUUAAGAUGGAAGACAUCAACCUCGAUCAUGUGCGUGAAACAAGCAGUGAUAUAAAUUUAGCUGUUAAAAUCACUGAUGCUUAUAAAGCAUACAACUCAGCGGCUGUCGUAUUAAAUGGAUUCAACAUGAAUGUGAAAAAAGGAACAAUAUAUGGCUUAUUAGGACCAAGUGGAUGUGGCAAAACAACGUUACUCUCUUGUAUCAUUGGCCGAGGUAGAUUGGACUCUGGACACAUUCAACUUUCUGUAAAAAAGAAAAAAGAAAUAGGUUACAUGCCACAGGAUUUAGCACUAUACGAUGAAUUUAACAUACUAGAAACUUUCCACUAUUUUGGGUCUUUAUACGAAAUGUCUUAUGAAGAUAUUAAAGAUAAAGGUGAAAAGUUGAUCAAUUUAAUGGAAAUGCCCCCGUCCAAGACUCAAUUUGGUUCAAUGAGUGGUGGACAACAGAGAAGAUUCUCAUUGUGUACAGCUCUUUUGCACGACCCCAGUUUGUUGAUAUUAGAUGAGCCAACUGUCGGACUCGAUCCAAUCAUUAGUGCAAGCAUAUGGGAGUAUUUACAAGAUUUAACAAACCGUGGAAAAACAAUAAUCAUUACAACGCAUUACAUUGAAGAAGCACGACUUGCAAAUACAAUAGGCUUAAUGAGGAAAGGAGUUUUACUAUCGGAAGCGCCUCCACUAGAAAUUAUGGCGUCUUGCAAUGCUGAUACUCUUGAAAGUGCCUUUUUAAUACUCAGUCAAAAUCAGACUUCAGGAAAUGAAGAAAUAAUCGAACAACCAAGAAAAAAAUCCAUUUUACAGCCAGCUACGUCGUCACUGGAAAAAUCAUCACUUUUCUCACCAAUUCGGUUCAAAGCUCAAUUAUUGAAACAUUGGUAUUGGAGUGUUAGGAAUUGGACAAUCAUUUUGUUUGUUUGUCUCUUACCAAUUUUCACUAUAAUGAUUUAUAAUCUAACCAUUGGACAUGCUCCACAACCUCUCAACGUAGGAAUCGUCAACUAUGAAAAACCUUCACAUUGCUCAUAUAAGACGUUUGAUUUGUGUGAUAGCAACAUCCCACUAAGUUGCAAAUAUAUGAAGGAGAUGGAAAAACAUGAUUUAACUCUGACAUUAUACAAUGAAGAGAAAUUAGCAAGACAAGAUGCAAGACACGGUUAUACGUGGGGUUUUGUAACAUUUGCAAAAAAUUUUACUGAUAUGAUCGGAGUAAAAUUUAAUGAUCCAUCAAUAAUGAGUUCACAUGAUAUAGAAGAAUCUGCAAUAAUAGCAUCAUUGGAUUUGUCAAAUUAUGUUCUAAAAACAAUAAUCCAAGGAAAAUUUCAUCAAAGUUAUAAAAGUCUCACUCAAUCUUUUACGAAUUGUAAUAAAAGUUCAGUUAUUACGGCGUUAGAUCCAGUACCAAUAACGUUGAUGAAGCCUGUAUUUGGAACUUUAUAUGACAUUAAUAUGUCACAUUACGGAGCUGCAGCAAUAAUAUCGAUAUUGGAGUUAUACUUGACGUUCCUGUUUACAGCGUUAUCAAUUAGCAUGGAAAAAAAUAGCGGUUUAAUUGAAAGAAGUCUUUCUUCAGGACUCACCAUUCUCGAAGUUAUUAUGUCACAAUUGGUGGUACAAAUUAUAAUGUUAAUUGUUCAAACUAUCACAGUAUUCAUAUUACAGUUCAUCGUGUUUGACCAUCCAUUCUUAAGUACCUGGACCACGCCUUUUGUUCUUGUAUUCUUACAGGGAAUAUGUGGGACAUUCAUGGGUUUUGCGGCAAGUAUUACUUUUGACGAAAAAAUUACUACGUUCUUUGGAAUAUGUUUGGUUAUGUCACAAGUAUUCUUAAGUGGUAUUAUGUGGCCAUUAGAAGCCAUGGAUCCGAUAUUAAAAAAGAUUAGUUAUUUCUUCCCAUUAACUUUAUCAGUUGACGCAUUUAGAUCAAUAACUGCAAGAAAUUGGGGAUUAUUUCAUCCAAUAGUUAUGCAAGGAUUUGUAUCAAUAACGAUUUGGAUAAUUGUUACAAUUUUAAUAUCAAUAUUAAGUCUCAAAUUCAAACAAGGUAUUAAAGCGAAAAAAUAA